ACCUAGAACUUUUUCUAGUGGUCAUUAUUAGUGCGAAUCCAAAAAAAAAAAAAAAAAAUUUCGGCGGGCAAGUAAUAUCUAUUAAUUCAAAGUCCCAAUUCACCACGCGCCAAAAAUUUCUUUUUGACAAGGCCGUGUUCAUAUAUUACCUCUUCACCUCUACAACUUUUCAAUUCAGGUGAAGCAGUCAAUUACUUACUUCACAUCUGCAAUGUUCAAGUUCUCCUUACAGCGGCAUGCCCGCUUGGGUAGUUUUGCUCGGCAGCAUGUCUCAACCCUCGCUGCGCGACAGAUCUGCUCUCGACCCCUCCUAGCAAAAUCUUACAAUUGGCCUCAGACCGAAUUAUAUGUUCGGCCUCUCAGACAAAUUGGAGUGCGCUUCUAUUCACAAGAAUAUGCCGUAGCUGAAUCACAAUCCGACGAUUCGCCAGCUUCUCUCUACGAUGUUACUCGUUUUGAGGACCUGGCCAAACUCGGCGUCGAUGAACGUAUUAUACGAGCCAUCACUGUCGACAUGAAGUACGACACAAUGACCUCUGUCCAGUCAUUAACCAUCAACCCAGCUCUCAAGGGAGUCGAUCUAGUUGCGCAAGCCAAGACUGGAACAGGAAAGACUUUGGGCUUUCUCGUCCCUACUUUUCAACGUAUCAUAGCAGCCGACCCCAGUCUUGCUGCUCGUAAUCCUAUCAAGCGGGCCACCCCCCGGGAUGUCCGCGCUAUCAUCCUGUCUCCAACUCGUGAACUUGCGGAGCAAAUUGCCGUUGAAGCGAGAACACUUUCCCGGCACACUGGAAUCGUCAUCCAAACAGCUGUUGGCGGCACAAGAAAGAGAGAGGCUCUCUGGAAAAUGCAGAAUGAGGGCUGCCACGUCCUCGUUGCCACCCCAGGUAGACUAAAGGAUCUCUUGUCCGACCCCGAUAGUGGAGUUGAAGCACAGGGCCUACACGUCCUAGUGAUGGACGAGGCUGAUCGUAUGCUUGAUGUUGGUUUCUCGGAUGAAAUUCGCGACAUUCUCGGUCUCCUCCCAAACAUCCGCGAGGUUGACCGACAAACUCUCUUGUAUUCCGCAACUAUUCCUCGGGACGUCGUCCAUCUAGCCAAAAGUAUGGUUAAGACGGAUAAUUUCGAAUUUGUUCAAACUAUCAGCCCUGACGAGACACCUACCCACGAAAGAGUUCCGCAGCAUCUUGCAUCCGUCGCUAGCUACGAGAACUGGUUCCCCACUAUUAUGGAGCUUGCCGAGCUUGCCAUGAAGAGAUCUCAGGAAGACCCUGAGGCUCUUCCUUUCAAAGCCAUCAUCUUCUUUUCCAACACGGCUACUGUAGAAUUUGCCAACAAUAUCUUCAGACGUACUUACCUCGGACAUAGAGCAAGAGGCAUUCCCAUAUUCGACAUUCACUCUAAACUGUCUCAGCCACAGCGUACGAGGAAUGCCGAUGCCUUCCGCCGCUCUCGAACUGGUAUCCUUAUCUCUUCAGAUGUCACAGCCAGAGGAAUGGAUUUCCCCAACGUAUCACACGUAAUUCAAGUUGGUCUUCCACCUGACAGAGAUCAGUAUAUCCACCGAGUCGGACGAACUGGUCGUGCUGGAAAGAAUGGAGAAGGUUGGUUGAUUCUGACUGAUAGCGAAAUAUCGGAAGCUCGAAGACGUCUUCCUGAUCUACCUAUCAAGCCCAACCAUUCCCUUAAGACUGCCAAAUACGUACCAGGACAAGAGCCGACCGAUCCAGAUGCGGAGCGUAUCUUCACUGAGUUUGCUCAAGCGUACAAGACCUCCCCCAAGAGCCUGUUCGCGGGCGUUUACAAUGCCUUACUUGGCCAGAAGUUCGGGAGAGGCUUCCAAGUCGAAGAUGUCGUUGCUCUCCUCAACUCUUGGGCUCUGACUGGCCUCGGCUGGACUGAACCACCCGCUAUUUCGCCCAAGUCAGCUGCAAACCGUGGAUUAACUAGGGUACCAGGUAUCAGAAUUGGACACGACAAUUUUGAAGGUGAAUUCCCAGAACGAUCCAGCUUUGGUGGUGGUUUUGGUUCCAGGGGCGGAGGAGGCUAUAGCUCUGGUGGCUUUGGCUCCAGGGGUGGGGGAGGCUAUAGUUCCGGAGGCUCAUCUGGAGGCUAUGGCUCUAGAGGCGGAGGGGGCUAUGGUUCUGGUGGCUCGUCUGGUGGCUAUGGCUCUGGUGGCUCGUCUGGAGGCUACGGCUCUAGCUCUAGAGGUUCUGGAGGUUAUGGCUCAAGCUCUGGUGGCUCCAGAGGGUCUUAUGGAUCUGGUGGCUCUGGUGGCUCUGGCGGCUCUAGGUUUGGUAGCCGUGAUAGCAACUCCUUUGAGAGUCGUUUCAGCUCAGGGGGUGAUCGCCGAGGUGGUGGAAGCAGCCGGGGCGGCGGAGGCUAUGGAGGUGGCCGGGGCGGCGGAGGUGGAGGCUAUGGAGGCGGCCGAAGUAGCGGCGGCAGCGGCGGUGGCUAUCGCUCCUCGCGUGGCGGAUCCUUCUAGGUAUCAAAACCCCGUCCCCAAUGAGGCGAAGAUGGAGUGGAUUCCUCCAUAUUCGGCACAUUGUGUCACCUCCAAUUGUACUAUCUCACUUCCGAAGCACACCACCACCUUCUAGUCGGCGUGUCAUAUACCAAGUUAUAGGCUAUGCGCAGUUGCCAGCACCUAGGCUGGCGGAAACAAGGUGAAUUGCGCAAUGAUAUCACAGAAGGCUGGUUAUUGGACGUUACGAGCAGGAUGCAACAAAUCACAGCAUUCGCGGGAAGAAUAUUUCACGGGAGUCAAGGUUUUGUCUUGCUUUUUAGUUAGUCCUAAUGAAACGGCAAUCGG